UUCUCCAGUCAUCAGUUUUUUUUUGGGCUAGGUCUGGGAAAGGGGGGAAAAUUGUAGGUUUAGCGAACUCUUUCACCAUGGAUCUUUGGCUGAGGUCUCUCAAAAGCAAGGCGAUCCAGCUCUUGGUCACUGAGAUCGACUCCGUGUUCUUGGAAUUCGGUUUCGUCGGUUACCAUACUGUCGAUCAAAAAAAUUCCACACUCUCGGUCUCUUACACCCUUCCUGCCCUGAAUGACCAGACGAAGAACAAAGUACCGCCAUCGGUUCAAGUAAAGUUCCAGCCGCUGGCUAACUUCCUGGUGAUUUGCGGCUCUCUGGCCCGAGAAAACGGUUCGCCUCUGCGCAGGCUGGUCUUCAACAAAGCCGGAGCAUUCGCGUCGGUCAUCACCAGCGGAGAGGUUACGGAGUUUCGCAGAACGAUCAAGGACGGGCUCUGUUUCCCAUUGCUAAUCGACAUCACGGAGGAGGCAGGGCUGCCUGUGCCCAACUGCUUCUCCACCCUCCCGGACGAGCUCAAGCUCGGGAUCAUGGCGCUGCUGCCGGCGGAGGCCCUGGCGAGGAUGGAAUGCGCGUGCGCUGGCCUCCGGAUCCUGUCUGCCUCCAGCAAUCAGCUGUGGGAGGCCAAAUACUGCGAGGUGUUCGGCAAGGUCGUGGUGGCGGAAGCAGGGUCGAGUUCUUCGGUGGAGAAGAAUUGGAGGAAGCGGUUCACUAGCAGAGCGGAGAAGAAGAGGAAGCUUGCCAAAGAAAAAGAGGAGAAGAUGGGUUUGCUUCUUGAGAAGCGUGUGAGAUUUAUGAGAGAUUAUUAUAUCAAGUCUAAGCGAAGAGGAUAUAACAAUGCAUGACUUUAGGUUUGGCUCGUUGGUAAGACAUCGUCUUUGCACUGAGAAAGUUGAACAUUAUAUUGCCUGUGGUUCAAUGUUCACAGUUCUGGUGUGUCCUUUGUCAUGGAAAGUCUCAAUUUUCUGCAUCUGGAUAAUGUAUGGAUGCGUUGGAGUUUUGGUAAAUGGGUUCCGAUUUGGUUAUUUCCAGUCUUUUCUAUGUAUUCUUGAUGUCUUAGUUGCUGGUCACGAUGGCUUCUGUGUGACUACCUUUUAGUUCAGGACUCCAUUGUCACCUUAUACUGACAUGAUUGAUACAGAACUUGUAAGUUGUAAGUGCUAACAUGAUUGAAGAAGUGAAAGGGGGAAAGUGUUUUGAACAUAAUUCAUACGACUUGACUUGAUCAAGCAACUAGUACAUCAUGAUCCUUCCAUGGUUGAUGCGGACUUGUAGGUGCUGCAACCAGGCAGGUGUCUAUGUGGAUUGUGGAAGCUGAUGAAGAUGAAUUACGACUUGCCCAUCGACAGGAGAUUCCCCUGAGAAGUUAUAAUCGAGCCUGGUAGCUGAAAUCUGCAAGGACGGAAGAGCCAGAAUACUUCAACGAUGAGUUCCAACGAAGAACAUUCAUAGGCAACAUCCAUUGUUAUACAUGCAAUAUCUAACUUGCUGCAAUUUGCUGUCUGAAAACUCAUAUAGCGAUUUCUGUUUUUAUCCCCUACAACUGGCAUUAUCAGCUGCCAUGUGGACAGUCGUUGUUUUAGAAAGGUAUUUAGUCUGACAGGAUUCCUACACUGGCAUUAUCAGCUAGCAUGUAGACAGUGUUAUGAAGCUUUUCUUUCUCAGUAUUUUCAACUCUCAAGGUUCUGGUCGGCGUUGAAAAUACUGCAAUUCGUUUUUUACCUAUCGCCAUUAACUGCUAUCCGGAUCCAAAUGCUUACACGGUUGGCUCGAUAGAAUCAGUUAAAAUUUUAUUUUAAAAGAAUCCAUGAUUGAUUGAAAAUGAAAAGAUAAACGUUCUGCAAUUUAGCUUUAUAGUUUCCGUAUAAUCCUGACCUGAUCUCUCUGGAUGCGUGGCCUUCCUAUGGCUUGUUCUUCUUCUGGGUUACUCUCAGACUUCCAUCAUCUUGCUUCUUUAUGGGUUGGUGACAUUCUUCGUUGUAGUAUUUGUUUCACAGUAUGUGCUGUUCUACAUCAAAGAAACAGUGGUGAUGAAUCAUCAGCUGCCUCCCAUGUAUGGUCCAGUUCUUAUGCCACUUGUUCACUAUAAGACGCUCUUUGAUUAUCAGAUAUCCCUUGCUCCUUGCCACGGAAAUUUAUACAGUGGAUCCUGGUACUGUUGAUACACAUUGAAAUCAACUUCCCCCAAUAUGGAAAGGUAUGGCUACUUUGUUUUGAUUAGUCUCUCUGGCUUCAGAUUCUUCUGCUUUGCUUCUUCCUUCUGCUGAUUGAAGUCCCGUGUUUAUGUUUACUCUUUCUUUGUUGCCUAUUUCAUUAAGGGGAGAAUAAUCUCGGAAUUAUGAGCGAUCUAUUUGGGAUGAAAUUCGUGGAACGGAUCGUGAUAAGUGGUGCAACCAGAGGAAGCUUGCCAGUCAUGAAUUCUCAGGGAUUUCAGUACCAAAUGCUUUCAGGGUCAAUGCGGCAAAGUUGGUUACGAAGAUCACUGUUGCAGCAGCAGCAGGUGCGGAGACGAUAGAUUUGCAGGUUGGUUUCAACUGUGUGGUUUCAGAAACUAAGAUAUGCUCGAAGCUGGAAAAGCAAACAGAUUAUACUUUUCACAAAAGCCGCGGGAACUUGUGCUUUUUUUUGGUUGAAGUUCCUUACUUUGCUGCACAAGUUGUUGCUUCAUUUUCAUAUGCAGGAUAUGCUAAUGUAAUCAAGGUGAGAUUUGGGAUGGAACUAAAUGCUUUCACUGGAGCAGACGACCUCGGACAGCAAUUCACCAGUGCAUUCGCGAGGCAAAUUCCGUUUACCUUCAAGGGAUUCGUUGAAAUGAUGUGGAGCAAAUCUGAAGCAGAACAUGAAAGUAACUGAAGCAGAACAAAUGAGAAAUGGCGCA